CUGGAAUAUACUGUAUGUAGCAAGUUACGACAGCAGGAUGAAUUUUCAACUUUGAACAGGGAAAGACACCUGAAGCUGCUAAAGAUUGCUUGACUAUAACUUCUGGAAGGAGGUCCAUUCUAUAUAUCAGAAAUCCUUUUUAUGAAAUCUGUGAAUAUCAUGUAACAUUUCUGUUACUCAUUUUGUUGCUCAAACCUGAAACUUGUGAUUCUAAAUACCCAAGAUGUUUUAAUGGGAUACAGAUUUUUUGUGCCUUUGACAUUCCAAAACAAUGGCUUUGAAUGAUCCUCUGAAGCAGAAUUACAUGGGGAGAUAUCUCCAGUACUGAAAGCCAGAAUGUGUUUUCAUAAAUCAAGCAAAUUAUCUUCUUCACUGUGACCUCUGGGACUCCGCUUGUGAAUGUUUUAAAAUAGGCUCCGGAAAACCUUCAGCACACUACUGGCACCAUGCCUUACCGUGAUGAGGAGUACCCAGGUCAGCCUCUGUGGCAGUCUGUGCUGCUCUUCUGCUGUAAGGGUAUGAUUGAGGGCAUCAUGGUCAUACUCUUCUUCUGGCUUCUGGUGCAGGUCCUUUUCACCAAACAACUAGAAGUUCACCUCCAAAUUCUUCUUUUGGUAGGACUGAUAAUCUUUUGUCUGUGUUUGGUCCUGGGAUGUAUUUUGUGCUGGAGGAACAGUCAGAUGUGUCCAGUCAAAGACAAAGAUCCUGUGACAUCAGCACCAACUCCAGCUGAAACUGUGACCUUUGCCCAGAGCCCUCCUCCAUCAGCAGCGACGACAGCAUCUAGGCAGCAAUAUGAGGGUCCGGAUGGAGAUAUGCUGGAGUACCCUUCCACUUUCACCAGCCCUGCCCUUUCGGAGGGCGAAUUUACCUCUCUGCCAUUCUCUAAUAGAGCUGCCUCUGAGCGGAAGGAGCAGCCAAAGUCUUAUUUUUCCUUGCGCCGCCUCAGCACACCACCAUUAACAUCACCCCUGUAUAAACCUAUAGAUUCCAGUCAUGCUUCCCUGCCUUCAUUUCCCAAACUGGGACUGUUGUCCAAAACAUGUAAGGCUCUGCAGAGGCGCUGCACGGUGACUGGAGGUAGUAUAUCUUAUAAUGAACACAGCAGGCUUACCAGCCCCAGUGCUGUAUCUCCUUCUAUGCCUGAAGAACCAAUCCCUAUGACUCUGCUGAGCUAUGGCUCCAGUGCCAGCUGCCAACAGCCAAUAUCACCAAAACCAUGCCUCCAUUUCACUAUGGCCUUCUCUCCAGAGCAGCAAACCCUGGUAGUCACUGUCCUCAGCCUCACUGGGACGUCCCACAGACUGGAGGAUGUGUCUGUGCUGGGCAGCCUGCCACCUCUGUACCCCUGUCCCAUGCAAGCCUCUGCCCAGAGCAGCCUCAGCCCUGAGACCCACAGCCUGGUGCUGCUUUUGAAGGUGAGCUCAGUGAAGGAGCUCCAAAGGUGUGUACUGAGAAUAGCCACAUACACACGGGAACCUUCCAGCCUGAGAGGCACCACACUGGGUGAACUGGUGGCCGAAUGUGGAGGAAGAGACUGGAGAGCAGAGCAUCCAUUUCACUUCACAAAAGAGCUAAACCCAAAAAAGUGGAAGCUAAAAAAGAGUCUGAUCUCACAGGAUGCAGCGAUGUGUAAGGGGCUUAGCUGUCCUCCACAGAUCUUCAUUUUGCUUCAGUAUCAGACUCUGGCCCACCGCAUCAAAGCCACGGUCCUCAGAGCAGAUAACCUAGACAACCUCGUUCACACGUUGGCAGCAACAGAAUACCAGGUGGUGAUCAAUCUGCAUCAUGAGGGAGUUGUGAUCAGCAGCAGAGAAACUAAAGGAGGGUCCUGCACUGUGUGGAAUACUUCUAUCCUGUUUGACCUGCCUCAAGGAGACAUCAGUCAGCUGCCCCUCAUGCUUGAAUUCGUGAUCAUGCAGAAUCAGGUCCUUUCAGAGGGUAAAGUUCUUGGUCGAGUCCAAAUCGGUGCAGAGGCUGCAGAUGCAGGACGUGCUCACUGGAGGGACAUGUGCAACCUGCAGGUGGAGCAGGCACGCUGGCACACUGUACAACCAGAGCCUCUAUAGGGCUCUGACACACGUGUGCUGACAAAAACAAUUUUGUGAUCACUGGACCUGAUGUGCUGUAUGAACUCAGUGGGCAUCCAAAAUAAGGUAUUAUAGGUCACAAAUGAUGUGUUUACUAACACUGCUGUUCUAAUGGAUGGAUAUAUGGGCACUCAGCAAUAAAAUAUUUACAAUGGCCUUAUUUUAAUGUAUCAACCUGUGAAUUCUCCAAUGGGAAAGUAAUGUAAGUGCACAAAAUGGCUUUUGGAACAACGCAAUGUGAGUUCAGAGUUUGUUGGCUUUUAACAGAACGAUGUAUUUGUGAAACAUUACCCAGAACAGACUAGUAAAAUGGAUCUUGUACAGUUUUGGAGAACUUAAAAAACAUAAAGGUAAUUGUCCUGAGCAAUAUUGUCUUUAUCUAGAAAUACUGAAGGGUUACUCUAGUAUUCAGUCACUGUCACUAAAAUACACUUUCUCGUUUAUUUGAUGUGCGAGUAACAUACAAUACACACAAAUUACUUUAUAUGCUCUCAUGUACAUCUGUAAUUUCACAGUUCUUUUGAGGUAUGUUUAAAAUAUCUUGUCUGUAGGAUGUUCUGAAUGUAAAGAUGAUGUGAAGAACCAUGUCAUAUAAAUAAAAACACAUUUCUGCC